AUGGAGUCUUCGGGAAACCCCCCGAGUUACGAAGAGACCACGCAAGUCUCCAAUUCUAUGAUAACAAAGUUCAUCAGUCAACUUGAAACUGCGCGAAGUUGCAAGAACUUACUACAUGUCCUCUUAUCAGACAACGGACUAAGCCCCGACGACAAAUGCAAAGCUAUGGAAAAGACAGAUGAGAUCCCAGCCCUUGAACAAGAGAAAGAGACUAUGUGCCUUGAAGAUAGACUUCGGCUUCAGGACUCUCAUAAGCUUGCUCAGUCGGUGUGCUAUUGUUAUAACAUUCGAUACGCCUCGAAGUACAAAGUAAAUCGGCAGCACGAGCAUUCGCAAGUCAAAGAAUGCACAUCGACUGGUAUCUAUCUGCUGAGCUACGGGAAGAUUGCGAGAGGCGAGGAGGUUGCUGUGGGCGGACGUGUGGAUGUUGCGAAAGACCACGAACGAUCGAUGGGCUUAACACAGAAGGGAUGCAUAACCGGGGCCAUUGCACUUCAGCGUGCUCCUGUUGUCUGA